AUGGAAUUGGAGGCAAAAGAAGACGAUACUCAGCAUAUUGAGCUACCUUCAGGCCUAGACCAGGCCGAUCAGAACUCGCCAGCGAGUUGGUCAUGGUAUCGCAAACACCUCAUAUUACUGCAAUGCGGGCUGCACGCCGUAGGCCCGGGCUUCUCUGCUGCCAUCUUGAUCCCGGCUACAGAAGUUCUCGCGUCCCAGUUCAACAUCGCUCCCCAGACGGCGACCUAUCCGCUUGCAGUGCAGGUCCUUUUCCUGGGCAUGGGCCCAUUUCUCUGGACUCCUCUGUUGAACUCCUAUGGUCGCCGCCCCGUAUUGAUCGGCAGUAUGCUACUGUCUAGCAUCGCCGCAUUAGGCGCCGGUUUCACAAAGACAUACGGCACGCAUCUCACAGCACGCUUAUUUCAAGCCAUUGGCAUCUCAUCUGGGUUUAUCAUCCCCGGUGUCAUUGUCGUGGACCUCUUCCGGCCAGAACAACGAGGCAGCAAGAAUGGCCGCGCAGGCUGGGAAUGGGCCAUGUGGCUCGUUGCCAUCGUCAACUUUGCCCAGGUCAUAUUCUACGUCUUCACCUGUCCGGAAACUUCCGUUGAGCACCGACGGCUCAACGGCCUGGGUGCCUUCCACCCAAGAGAGUACCUCAUCCUACCCAAACGUCUUCCUGGGCGACUCAGGGUGCGCUCCUUCCUCGAGCCCCUCCUCUUUAUUCAGUCUCCACCUGCUUUCCUAAUUGUGGUCGCCUACGGCAUCACCUUCGGGAUCAUCUCCCCCGGAAUGACUGCUAUCAUUCCGCUCGCGUUGAAAGAGGUCUACAACUUUGGCGCAAUCCAGCAAGGCCUGUUUUUUCUCGGCUCGCUGGUCGGCGUCGCACUCGGCGAGCGCCUUGCUGGACCAGGCAGCGAUUGGACAAUGAACCGCGAGCGUCGAUUAGCAGCCAAGACUGGUCGGUCAGCACGUCUUGAGUCCCGCCUCUAUGUCGGAGUGCCAGGGCUGGUUUUCUCCGUCGUGGGCGUUCUCAUCUUCGGGUUCACCUUGAAGCAUCGCACGCACUGGAUCGGGCCCUGCCUGGGACAUGGAAUUGCGAGUUUUGGAUUGCAGCUGGUCACCACGCCGUUCAAGACUUAUUGCGUUGAUAGUUACACGGCGCACUCCGGGUCGGUGUUGCAGUUUAUCAAUGUCGUUCGUCAGGUCAUUGCCUUUACUGUUCCGUUUUGGAGUCCGAACCUGAAUGAGGCGCUGGGAUACGAUCUAGGAUUUGGGGUCGAGGCGAUUAUUCUGGUUGCGUUUUAUGCGCCUAGCCUGCUGCUUUUCUGGAAGGGUGCUGUUUGGAGACAGUCGGUGAAUAUUCGGAUGCUGAAGACAGAUUAA